AUGUCUCUGCGCUGCGGCGGAGUCGCCCGCACCCUGGGACACCGGGUAUUAGGAAGAUAUUUAUGUUGCCCACUCAGAACACUAAGUUCUUCGCCAGAUGAAAAGAAGGAGUUUUUACAGAAUGGACCAGAUCUUCAAGAUUUUGUAUCUGGUGAUCUUGCAGACAAGAGUACCUGGGAUGAAUAUAAAGGAAACCUAAAACGUCAAAAAGGAGAAAGGUUAAGGCUUCCUCCUUGGCUUAAGACAGAAAUUCCCAUAGGGAAGAAUUACAAUAAGCUGAAAAACACAUUGAGGAGUUUAAAUCUCCAUACAGUGUGUGAGGAAGCACGGUGUCCCAAUAUUGGAGAGUGCUGGGGAGGUGGAGAGUUCGCCACAGCCACAGCCACCAUCAUGUUGAUGGGUGAUACAUGCACAAGAGGCUGCAGAUUUUGCUCUGUUAAGACUGCAAGAAAGCCGCCCCCUUUGGAUGCCAAUGAGCCCUACAGUACUGCAAAGGCGAUUGCAGAGUGGGGUCUGGAUUAUGUGGUCCUGACGUCUGUGGACCGAGAUGAUAUUCCUGAUGGGGGAGCUGAGCACUUUGCAAAGACUGUAUCAUAUUUAAAGGAAAGGAAUCCAAAAAUUCUCGUAGAAUGCCUCACCCCUGACUUCCGAGGAGAUCUUAAAGCAGUAGAGAAAGUAUCUCUGUCGGGAUUAGAUGUGUAUGCACAUAAUGUAGAAACAGUCCCGGAAUUACAGAGGAAAGUUCGUGAUCCCCGGGCCAAUUUUGACCAGUCUCUACGUGUACUGAAACAUGCUAAGGAGGUUCGGCCAGAUGUUAUUUCUAAAACAUCUAUAAUGUUGGGUUUAGGGGAGAAUGAUGAACAAGUAUAUGCAACAAUGAAAGCACUUCGUGAGGCAGAUGUGGACUGUUUGACUUUAGGACAAUAUAUGCAGCCAACCAAGCGCCACCUUAAGGUUGAAGAGUACAUUACUCCUGAAAAGUUCAAAUACUGGGAAAAAAUAGGAAAUGAUCUUGGCUUCCAUUAUACUGCAAGUGGCCCUUUGGUGCGCUCUUCAUAUAAAGCAGGUGAAUUUUUCCUAAAAAAUCUGGUGGCCAAAAGAAAAAUAAAAGCCCUCUAAAGCUUCAAGAUGAUGGGAAUUCUAAAAAUUUGAUUCCAGUUAGUAAGUGCAGCCAGAAUGCCGGACUUCAAUGGAUGUGGCCCAUCUCUUUGUUU